AUGCUGCAGUUUCUGGCGAGCGCCUGCAUACUGUUCUUGGUGCUGCUCUGCGUCACCACUGUGCGAGGUAUCGGUGAGCUGCAAUACGGAACGUGGGAUGUGCGCACUCUUUUACCAGGGCGUGGCGCUGUGCCGCCCAACUACGAGCUAACUGUGCAGCCAGAGAAGUGGACGGUUAGGGAGAGGGACGCUGGCCGCAUCGGUCGCUUUUUCGACUACGCUGCUGCGCGUGUUGGGCUUGUUUACGCUGGUGUCCCCAGCAGCGAACAUGCGGUGUGCCGCAUGCCCCCGUCCUUGGCACUCAAGCUUGCCGCUGUCCGUACUGACGACGGCAUUCGGCUCGAGUGCCAGACAGUGUGGUUUUCCGCGUUCGCAUUGCUCUCAUUUGAGAUGGAUGGUCUUCUGCAUCGCCGCUUUGACCCUGCUGAGCCGCUGUACAGCGCCGAAAACGGGAGCUGCCUUUCUACCCCAUGGCGGGUGCAGGAGCUCUUCGUAGCAAGGAUGGGAGAAGGCGUGUUGCUGCUCACCGGCGUUCUCGUCGGCGGCACAUCAGACACGCGGGAGUCGUGCAACGUAUAUUUGGAGGUCAGACAUCGCCCUAUCUCGUCGGCGAAGGAUUUGUCGUCGGCAAACGCCUAUGCCCCCGUCACGAUGCUCCUUGUUGUCGUUGCUGUGCGCCUGCUACCGCGUUAUAUUUUGACCCGAAGAGGUCAAUUGGACAAGACGAGUUACCGCGGCAAGAAUCCCGCCAACUUGACACCAGCUCAACGCCUCCAGCUGCUGCGUCAGCAAAAGGAGAUCAUUGAAAAGAUGAAGGCGGAGGAUCGCGCCAACGCAGCCAGAGGUACUGCAGUCUAA